AUGGCUUCAGUCAACUUCCGCCACGACGACAAUCUUCAAACUGGGUUGGGACUCGACGCAGUGGCUAUUUUGGUAUUUGGAGGUCAUGAUGCUGACUGGGAUUGUCACAGGUUUGAGCUCUUCGUCCUCGCUGAUGGUGAGAAGAAGAUUACCGAGAAGGUCGUGAGCGGCAUGGCCAAUUGCUCCGACUUCAUCAUGCUCAAGGAGGACCACACCCUGGGCAACCUUCUUAGUGUCUAUCUGAAGAUGGCGCCCCACGUCCUCAUGUCGGGCUACAAGAUCGGUCACCCCAACGUUCCCGAGGUUCUCCUACGCGUCCAGACCGACGGCACGAUCACCCCUCGCGAGGCCCUUGUGACCGUCUGCAAGCAGCUAGUCGCCAUGUACGGCCAACUGGGCCGGGAAUUCCAGAAGGAAUUGGCCCUCCGCCAGUAUGCCGACCAAGGCGAGAAUGCUGGUGGUGCUGGCGGUGCCGGUGGUGCGGGUCCCUCUGGCCAGAAUGACUACUAG